AUUUUACUUUUGCAGUUUACAGAAUAUGCCAUCGAAUAAGGAAAUUACAGAUUGGAUUUUACCUUUUAAAUUUAGAACUUUCUCUUUCAAGAAAAUGCAGACCCCUUUGCUUCUUUCUAGUAGCAUCCAGCCCACCACUUUUUGCAUAUAUAUACAAAACCCUACGACUCCACUUUCAUGUAGUCAAUUAAAAACAAUUAUUCCCUAUCAAAAAAAAAAAAAAAUUCAAGAACAAUAAUGGAGGGAAAGGGAAUUGAUGAGCGUCAAAUGAAGGAAACAGAGGACAAGGUGACGUCCUCACAACAUGGAUCUGGGUUCCAUAAAAACCCAGAUGAACACAUUAACAUAUGCGGUGUCGAAGAGGGUGGAAAUACUCUCGAAUCCACGGGGAAUGGGGGUUUCAACCAGGGCGCCCACCCGCCCUUCAACUUCAACCCUCCACAGGAGGGUUGCCCCCAUGUUAACAAUAUCGAUCAGCUCGCCAAUCUGAAUGAUGGCGAGUUGCUUUCUCAGGUAUUUGGGGAUCAGCAGAGUGGGAGCAGCUUUGAUCAGAUAGCUGCAGAAGGGGUUCAAUGGUGGAGUAAACGGAUGGAAAAGAUGAGCCCUGAGGAGUUCCAGCAAUUUUAUGCUGCGUUGGGAACUCUCCGAGGAAGGGUGCAAACUCACCUGCAGCAACGGAUCAGAAUUAGAGACUCUAAUUCUGGGGAAACAAGCACCUCUAGCUCUAAUACUAGUGAUUAAAAAAACCUUAUAUUUAAAGACAACUUUAUCCUUUAAUUGUGCGUAAUCUCUUAUUGCAAAUGCUACGGGGUAUUUGCUUUUGUGGUUCUUUUCUCCUUGUUUUGCUUUUUCAUGAUCAAGAUAAACAUGUUUUAUUAAACUAGAUACUGUAAA